UUAAUAAUUUUACAAUCAUUUUUUUUCUAAAAAUUGCACUACUAUUGCAACUAACAUGGUUGUCGCUACUUUAUUUAUUUUUUUUUUAAUUUAUUAAGAAAGAAUUAAAGAAAACCCUUAGUAUAAUAAAGUUGUUGCCGCCAAAAAAAAAAAAAAGAACUAUAACUCCUUAUUGUAGUGCAGUUUAUCCCUAUUUCUCUUUACAUACUCUUCUCUUUACUGCUCUUCAUAAAAAAAUAUCAAAUUUAUAGCUAUUUUCGUGCGCUGAAUCUCUAUUGUAGUGCAAUUUACGUUCUCCACUGAUCAUCAAUUUAAGUUCUUUGGAAAUGAAAUCCUUCAUGAAAAAUUCAAAAUUUGGCCGGGGAGGUAAUCAAGGCGGUGUCCGAGCCAAUAAUCAAUCGGUUGACCAAGAAAAUCUUGUGGUCACACGACUGACACCACCACCUUCUAAUGGACAAGUACAAGUAAAUUCUAAUGCUGAUGUUGUUGUUGAGAAUGAUGUGGCACCACAAAAUUUGAAUGGAGUGGAACAAGGAAAGAUUGAGCUCUCACCAGAUGGGCUAUGGUUUGAUGACCAUACCGUUAGUGGAAAUGUCACAAAGUCUUGGAAAGCACACUACAACCACCCAUACAUGAAUUUUACUGAGGUGCCACUUAUGGUUAGGGAUCUUUGGUUCACUGAGUUUAAGCGUACAUAUACUUGGAGAACUGAGUUCGAUGCUAAGGCUAGGAGAGAAUUUGACAAAAAAGCUAGGGACCGACUUAGGGGCACAUUGAACCAAGUUUACAAAAUGCCUCUCCAUAAGGAAGUUAGUUUCAUGACUGACACUGUUCGAGCUGAAUUCAUAAAUAAGCGUAAGCAUCCUGAUUUUCUGAAACGUUCUAACCAAGCAAGAGAUAAUCGGUUAUCUGGCCAAACAUUAGAGAAGUUUGACCCUGGCCAUCGCCAAGGUAGCGUAUCUACUCCUCAAGUAGUUAAAAAAAUGGCAAAGAAAAAGGAUGGAAUUUUACCAACUGCUGCUGAAGUAUAUGAGAGCACUCAUUCUGUUUGUGUGGGCAAUGAUGAAGUUGAAUUGAUGGGUGACAAGUCUCAAAAAGUCAUGGGAGAAUAUAUGGAAAAACUUUAGGAAUAUAAGAACAAAGGAAUUGAGAUAAACCCCGAAAAAGUCUACUUGGAGGUUGUAGGUGGGCAAAAGAAAGGAAAAGUCUACGGUUUAGGGAGUGCUUCACAAAUGUAUUACAAGAGUGAUCCUACUUCUCAAUCUACUGCAUCAUCUUCCACUCCUUCCAUGAUUUCUCAAUUAAGUUCUCAAUUUGAAGAACUAAAGAAGAUGGCGGAAGAAAACCAUAACAAGGUAGAAGAAAGCCAAAAAAUAGCGGCAGAGAGCUUAAAAUGUGCUAAGGAAUUCGUCGAAAAUCAUGAGAUUGAAAAAGCUACAUGGAAGAAGGAAAAAUUAGCUAUGCAAAAAACAUUGCAGGAAAUGACAUCACUUGUAAAACAAGUUUACCGUCCUUAUAAGCCUCCUACGCCUGCAGUCACCCGCUCUCGUGAUACAACUAAGUGAUUUUUGUUUUCUUGGUGGUAAUUUUAUGAACAACUGGUCUUUUACAUUGUCAUUAAUUCUUGUUUGAAGUAGCUUUUUUUUUUAUAUGGGAGGUGACUUUUGGAACAAUUAGUCUUAUAAGUUAAAUAUUGUUUUUUAAUACAUUGAUACAAAAUUGAUUGAUAUUUUGGAUAUUUGAAUAAAAUUAACAUUUUGGUUAUUUGAA